AUGUGCCGCCUCCACUGUGUAAGCUACGACUCAUCCAACAAGAUUCUUAAGUCUGACCCAUUCGACAAGGAUCUCAAGUCUUACUCACUCGAUUCCAUUUUCACAAACAUAAUCUCUAAUGUCACCAAAUUUGAUUAUGCUCCAAACAAUUUUAAGCUUUGUUUUUAUUCCAUUGUCGGAUCUUGCAACGGCAUCCUUUGUAUUGCUUCAGAAUAUAUUGACUUAGUUAUAUUGUGGAACCCUUCAAUUAGAAAAGUUAAAGAGUUGCCCAUUUUUGAAAGGCCACGCAAUAUUUCUAUCCAGAUGAUGACGUUUGGUUUUGGCUAUGAUUCAUUUAGUGAUAAUUACAAGGUGAUUAUUGUUUUUAGGUGCUCAAUACGUGAAAGUAGUGGUAAUUUGGUUAACAAAACAAAAGUGAAGGUUCAUACACUGGGUACCAAUUAUUGGAAAAUCAUCCCUGAGUUUCCUUUUGGCGGUGUCCCUAUUGAGAGAACGGGAAAAUUUGUAAGUGGCACAAUUAAUUGGUUGACCUCUAUUGAAUUUUAUAGGGAAAGUCCAUACUUUAUUGUUUCUUAUGAUUUGGGGAAGGAAUCAUAUCAAGAGGUUUUGCUACCUGAUUGUCGAGGGGCAGAUGCGUUUCAUUUGAGAUUAUGUGUAUUAAGGGAUUGCUUGUGCAUCCUUGCUGGUCAUGAUGUUUGGAGUAUGAAGGAAUAUGGAAAUAAAGAAUCGUGGACUAAAUUGUUCACCAUUUCUUACUUGCAUGAUUCUACAACAUAUUACACCUGUACCGAAGUUAUAUAUAUCUUUGAGGAUGACCAAGUACUGCUUAAGGUUGAAGGUGGAUGGAAAAGUAAGUUGGUUCUUUACAAUUCUAGAAACGGUACUUUUCAGUUCACUAAGUUUGAUCCCACCCCAAAAGUUUGCAUUGAGAGUUUGAUAUCUCCUUGUUCUUACCGCUAG